GGAUUUAGUUUAGUUCUACCAACGCAGGAGCUUUUGAAACUUUUUAAUAAACUUGUAUUGUUUAAAUCUAUAAUUAAUUUGUAUUGUUUAAAAGAGAUUAUUAUUGUUAAUAGCUGUUUAUUUUCUAUAAGAAUCGCGAACGAAAUGUUUUACUUCAAAAUAUUGUUUUUCGUUUUUGUAAUUAUAAAAUUCGAUUUAAGUACUAGUCAAGUGCUAACAUCAAAUGAUAUAAGAAAAAGGAAUCAAGAAAAAAUUGAACAAUUAUUUGUAACACAAAAUAAAUUCCAAUUUCUUUUAUUUCAAUUAAUCAAUAGUGAACAUUCAAAUGAAAAUAUUAUAUUUUCACCAUAUAGCGUGUAUCGAUUAUUAUCAUUAGCAUAUUACGUGUCAAAUGGGACCACUCAACAAAAAUUUCACGAUGCAUUGCGGAUUCCUGCAAAUCAGGAUAAAAUUGAUGCCUUGCAUGGUGAACGGUAUGACAACACUCUAAAUAAACGACAUAAUAAGAAAAAUUAUUAUCAAUUAUUAUCUGCCAAUCGUAUUUAUGUACCGUUAAAUUCCAAUAUUGAUCCACGUGUACAACGAUUAAUUAAACACAGUUUAAAGGAAGUAGAUUUUAGGAAUCCAGAAAAAGCUGCCAAGAAAAUUAAUAAUUGGAUUGAAAAACAAACACAUGAACAAAUAAAAGAUGCAUUGAAACCGGAUCAAAUAGAAAAUAUUGAUUUAAUUUUAAUAAAUGCUGUAUACUUUAAGGGAACAUGGGAAAAUAUAUUUGACGAACAGAGUACUAAACCUGAUCAAGAGUUUCAUAUGGAAAAUGGUGAAAUUCGCUCAACUCCAAUGAUGUUUCAAAUUAAUGAAUUUAGGUUUAGAAGGUUUAAAAAUUAUGAAAUGCUUGAAUUACCGUACCAAGGUAACGACAUCAGUAUGUACAUCCUGUUACCAUCAAAACAAUCAAGUGUAAGUGAGGUUUUAAACAGUUUAACAAUAGAAGAUUUACUACUCAGUACAACACAAUUACGUGAAAAAACUGUUGAAGUUUCAAUACCUAAAUUUUCAAUCAAAAGUGAUUUUGAUUUAACAACGACAUUACAAAGAUUCGGUUUUGACGACGUUAUCAACAAACCAAUAGACCUAUCAUUUGUACGGCCAAAUUACGAAAGUGAAAUCGAAUCAAUAAUUCAUAAAGCAGCAAUUAGUGUGGAUGAAGUGGGUACGGUUGCUUCGGCUGUUACAUUUGCCUUAAUACCUCGAAUGCUUCCAACGUACUUUAUCUGUUCCAGGCCAUUCAUUUAUUUGAUACAAAAUAAACGUACCAAGCAUAUUUUCUUUGCGGGUGUUUUAAGAGAACCGCAACUUUAAAUUUUUAAAAUUGUAAAAAACAUUGUUAAUUUAAAUAAAUUAAUACAAUAUAGUUGCCAGGAGAUUCAAA